AUGACCGCAGUAGUGCCGCUAAAUGCCCUCACAAUCGGCCCUGAUGCUUUCGGAGAGUCGAGUGUGGAUGGAACGGUGAUAUCGGUCCGAUCGGCAAUGCGAGUCUGGAGCGCGUUAGUUUACUAUAUAGCUCUGGCUAUUGAUGUGUUGAGCGUUUGUCACGGGAUAUUCGCCCUAAAGAACGCGUUGAAUAGUGAAGGAGGAAAGAGGAAGUACCUGCUCAUUGCCGCAAGUUCCGAGUUGAGCGUCGAGAUAAUAAGCAGGUUGGCCCUGGUCUUCAGAAGCAGAGAGCAGCGCUACCAGAAGGGUUGGCACAGGUCUUGGAAAGCUCUUGAACGCGGGGGGUCCGGGGAGUCCGGGGAGUCCGGGGAGUCCGGGGAGUCCGGGGAGUCCGGGGAGUCCGGGGAGUCCGGGCGGCGAUCUCCCUACGACAUGUUAUCCGGCCUCCUAGAAUUUGUAUGUUGUGUGAUCGGCAUUGUAAGCAACUAUAUAGGGGGAAUCAUAACCGUUAUGGCUCCUAUGCAUUGGAUGUUUGCCGGGGGUGAGGUGACUAAUGUCGGAGGAGUCCAAGCUUCACACCCAUUGAUAUUGGAAGCCCUCUCAGCAUUCAUAACUCUUUCAGUCGUGGUUUUUGCUGCACUGGAGGAAGUUGAAAAUGCGGCCUGGCUCUCGGCGUUGGGCGGACUGGUAACCGGAGCGGCCCUGUUGCUCGUGCACACGAUUUUCGAGAUAAGCCUAACGAACGUCCAGAAAUCCUCAUACUGGAAAGCGUACUUCUUCUUCGCGACACUCUACCUAUACUCAGGAUUGGCGCACGUAUUCCUAGGUGGUCCGAAUUUAAGCUCGUUGAUAAGCGGUAUUGCCGGCUUUACAGAUGCUUUAGGUACAAUAUCCUACAUGGUGUACGGGUUCACGGUAUUCCACUCUUCGGAAAACCCGAUGGACCUACUGAAAUAUAUGGGUGGAUCGGGUCUAUGGGGACUACCAAGUAUACUGUUUGAUGAAGAAGACUUCUCGAGUUGUCGUUCGAGAGUCCAAGACUAUAGCUGCACUUGGGUCACGAUCAACUCGAAAGAGUUGUGGCACGAAGUAAAGUGGUGCGAGUUGUCCCCUACAGCGCUCGGAGCGCCUGACCGUGAGGCCCUGAGCGCCGGAGGACCGCCGUGGAGCUCGGGUACGCUCCGCUCGCUGCCACGCGGAAAAUGCACUCCAAGGAGGGUGGGCGCGGCAGCUGUCGCUAUAACGACCCGAUCAAUGCCUCCCGGCAUCUCUUGCACCUCUCAGGUCGGGUCACCCUCAACCGACCACUUGGUCACGCUGCCAAGCUUAUUCCCUAAGGGGAGGGAGAACCCAGAGUAG